UAUGUCGAUUGCCAAAGUAAUUGAACUCGUUUAGGUAAACAUAGAGAGAGCAUUUCGAUAAACAUUUUAUUCAAAUGGACUCUUCAGAAUUACGUAAUUUUUUAUUGCGUCAGGACUACUAGAACUAGACUAUUUUCGCACUUGUUUAUUUAUCAAUGUGUUAUGAAGUGUUUUAACGAACUAUAGUAAAUAUUGUUCAGUGGUUAAUAAAAUGUCUGUGGUUUUGGAUAAUGAAGAAGGAGUACCGUUUGAGGAGGCACUUGACAGAACAGGAUUCGGCCUCUACAGUGUUUCCAUGACUGCGUUAGCGGGCGUGGUCAUAAUAUCCUUCGUCUGCAUAUUCUAUAGCAGCACCAUCGUCGUGCCAGUGAGCGCCUGCCAGCUGAAUACCACCGGAGCACAGCAAGGCAUGCUCGUAGCAGGCCCUAUCGUAGGUGUAAUUUUGGGAGCGAUGUUUUGGGGAUACGUAGCUGAUCAGCAUGGCAGGAAGAAGACCUUGUUGACGUCACUAAUCGCUGGGGCCACGAUUAAUGCUUUCGCCAGCCUCUCGACUGAUUGGUUCUUUCUUUUGAUUCUGCAAUUCAUCGCUUCAUUGAUGAUAUCAGGUCAAUACUCGUUGGCAAUGACUCUCGUCAGCGAGAGUGUGCCUUUGGCCAAACGGAACAUCGUCGUUCUCAUGGUGACUUGUAUCUUUCUUCUUUCACAAGGAUUAAUGGCAGUAAUGGCGAUGCCAAUAGUCCCGCUGACUUUUUCGUAUCGACUGCCGUAUUUGGACAUCUACUGGACCUCAUGGAGACUGCUGCUGGUCAUCUAUUCACUUCCCAGUCUCUUCACUGCUCUCUGGCUCAAUCACAUGCAGGAAAGCCCUAAAUUCGUAUACUCAAAGGGUACGGAAACUAAAGCACUGGAUAUUCUGAAAAUUAUAUACAGAAUCAAUAACAGAGACCGCUCAGAUGAAUUUAAAGUGAAAAGUCUGAUGAGACGAACUUCAAUAAAUUUUGAAUACGUACCUAGAAAUCACUGCAUGCUAUUGUUCACGCAACCUCUACUUAAAUAUACUUUAAUAAUGACAUUGCUGUUUCUACUUGAACAAUUGGCAGCUUUCAAAGUGUGGCUACCUACGAUCGCUCACCGCUAUGUGCAGGUAGUGAACUACGGGGAGGGCAGAAAUCUCACCUUGUGCAGCAUCAUCGCAUCCAGUAUGGAUGACCCGAAGGUUAAAGAAAAUUCUGAGAUUGCUGCCAGGUGUGGGUUGGAUUUCGAGGCUUUGCUGAUCGUCCUGGUGAUUACUAUGAUGUUAUCAGUAACUACCGCAAUUAUGACUAUGGCGGUGGGUCGAUUCGGCAGACGCAACAUGGUGAUGAUAAUCACUUUGAUAUCAGGCGGGAGUGGCAUGCUCGUGAACCUGGUGCCUAACUCCGUUGCCAGCGCGGCGCUGUUCGUGCUCCAACUCCUGGGAAUCGUCGUGAUUGGACUAUAUACUGCGUUGUGUAUGACGCUGUUCCCUACUCGUUUAAGGUUAGUGGAAUACUUAGUUCGAUAGAUCUUAAAGGUACAAGUCCGAACUGAACCGUAGACCACAGGGCGCAGCUGUAGGAGACACUUCUAGUUACUAUGAAUCUCUAUGAAAUUGAUUCUGAGCGCGGCGACAUGCCGCUGCUGCACAAUGCAUAUUAAUAGUUGUAGCAGAUGUGGUUUUGAACUUAGACUGUAUACCGAGCGACAACCAUCGUCGUGUGGCGUGAGAACGUCAGGACUGCAUUGUACACUUUUCUGGGAUGAAUGGUGUCCUUUUAAAUUUGCUAGACAACCAGUCAAAAGUUGGAAGAAGUAAAUAAACCAUUUUAGAAGAUUGUUCGUCGUCCUGCUACUAGAGUCUGUGCGGAAAGAGAAUGGGAUUUAGAUUGGAGGGCGCUGUAGUGCCUUUAUACCGUAUUUGUAAGGUUUUACCCCUUUUAGACAUGAUUAAAUACAAAAAACCGCAAGAAAUCACAACAACAAACAAAUCCGUAUCAAUACAAAACUUUGACGUUUUACAGAUUGCUGGGUUUGAUUGCCAAAUAAAAAUCUUAAUGUUAGCUCCGUUUUUCGCCACGCCCAUUCUCUUUCCGACACUCUAUAUAGUUGAUAGUUGAAACUGAGGUUGCUAAUAAAACCCCAAACAAAAGAAAAAGUUACCGUAACAUACUAUCUUUUUAGUUAUGUGCAGAUACUUAAAUCGUUAGCCGUAAAAUCAGCCAAUCCAAAUGUCAAAGUGGGGUUAUACAUAUAGGUUAUCAAUAUUGCUUAAAGUUGGAAGAGGUUGUUUGUGGAAAUAUUAAAAUUGGAACGUACUUAACACAGAUUUAUUAAUAUUACGAUUCAGUAUGUUUAUUUUUCAUGGCAUUAGCUAUGACCUUGACCAUGACUGGUGCACGGGUAGCUAACUUCAUGUCCAUUCAGGUCAUCAACUACCUGCUGAUCCACAGUUGCGAUCUAGCCUUUUAUAUCUACGGCGCUAUGUUGGCAUUUUCGGCUGUUGUGGCGUAUUUUUUACCCCGGGAUACACCUACGACGAGAAAUAAUCACCAAAUAUUACACGAAGAAUCAUUUGAUUGACAAUAAAAUAAUUAUUGAAAAUACUCUCUUAUCGUUUUUGCACUCGUUUAAUGAAACUUAAUUAGAAGUUAUUAUUACUAAUUAACGGAAUUACGGAACCCCGUAGUCCUGACAAGGAACCCUUAUAGUUUCGUUAUGUCCGUCUGUAAGUCCCCUGUAGGAUAAAAUUUAUUUAUUUAUUUUAUUCUUCAUGCACAUACUGUAUAAUGGCGGACUUAAUGCCGUAGGCAUUCUCUACCAGUCAACCAUACGGUGUUGUGGAGAUUUUAGUGGCAGGGUGCACAACUGACGUAGAGAUCACAUUUAAAGAAAUAUUAAUUUUACUCAUAAUAAAUAUAAUAAUAUAACAAUAACAUACCUAUAUAAGUAAAUAUAUACAAAUAAUAUAACUAAACAUAUACAUACACAUACAUACUUCAUAUAAUACAUACAUGACGACAAACUACUUAACGAAACGCCUGUUCCAAUAAAAAGGUUCGCAGCUUGGUUUUAAAUGAAUGUUUGUUGGGGGACAUUCUAAUGUCUAGCGGGAGUUCGUUCCACAAAAGUAUAGUUUUGACGAAGAAGGAAGAGUGAAUGAUAUCGGAAUUGUGAGAUGGAACGACUAGUAAACGAUUGGAAGAAGAUCUAAGAUUUUUGGUAUCAGAGGUACAUAAGUACUGAAACUGAGAAGUGAGAUAAGGGGGGGCAUUUGGAGAAUCCAGCAAAGUGAAAACACCCAAAUAUAAAAACUAUUUUUAGGGUACCUGUUCUACAUGUAACCUGGUGAAUUUAUUUUCAUCAUCUACCCUAUCCUGUAGGAUAUCGUUGAUUAGGUCCUUUAAAAUUACUUAGACGUUCCUAAGACUAUUGUAUCGAUUUGGGGAUCCGUUUGGGAAAUAUUGAACUUUAAAGUGCUAAUUUUUUUUCAAGUAGGGCUCCGUAGUAAGUAAACUAUUGGCUUGAAAAACCUGGAAAUAUUUAUGAUAAUGAGUAGUGAUUUACAUGAAUGUUUAAUUAAAAGUAUGACGGUUAUGAUAGAUCUGUUAGUUUACGAGUAAUAGUCGUUCAACUUUAGUUGAAGAAAAUUUCUUACCUAUUGAAAAUCCCUUACAAGAAAACAUUAAUAGUGACAUAGAUGAAGUUAUAAGUAAUAAAUAUAAAUAAUUAUAUAUACGUAAAACCUUGCAUAGUAACAAAAUCUAAAAAAAAAAAUACUCAAACCACAAUAAAAUAUCAUUAGUUCCUCAAAGCUACCGUAAGUACCAACGGCAACGGCUUCUAAAUCGUGGUAACGUUACGUUUUUAUAAAAAGUACUAGCUGUCCCAGCGAACUUCGUACCGCCAUAAAAAAAUAGGGGUUGGUGGUAGAAGGGUGAAAAUUUAGGGUUGUAUGUAUAUUUGUAUGAUGUAUCAUAAAAUUUUUUUAAAAAAAAUAUCUAAAAUUAACGAAAAUAAUGGGGGGGUGGUACCCUUAACAUUUAGGGGGAUGAAAAAUAGAUUACAUCCGAUUCUCAGACCUACCCAAUAUGCACACAAAAUUUCACGAAAAUCGGUCGAGCCGUUUCGGAGGAGUUUAACCACAAACACCGCGACACGAGAAUUUUAUAUAUUAGAUAUAAGCACUUGAAAAGAUCGGCGGUUAUACCGCAUCCAGACCCGUCUUUCCUAGUGGGCAUUUUGGGCAAGUGCCCAUAGCCCCGCUAUCUAUAGGGGCAAACCAAGUAAUAAAUGCAAAUAGUUUGCAGUAUGUUUAGUUUUUGUUUAUCACUCCGAUUGGCGUACUUUACUUAUAGUAGUUCAAUAAUGCUUCUUGUUAGCAGUUAUAAGUAUAGCUUACCAGUAUAUCUACUCUUGAGGGCAUUUACACCCUUGUGAUACGUUUAUAAGUCACCCAAGCUCAUAGUGCACCCUUAAUUUCGGUCUUUAACUAAUUAUAAGUUAAUGUAUAAGAUCAGAUAUACUACAAAGUGUUACAUUAU